AUGUCUCUAACAAAAGUCGUCAACGGCAAGGUCGUAACCAACACCAAUGUCAAACCUCCCACCGGAUGGACCGUCAACUACGAAGACUUUGGAGGUGAUAGUGAAUGGGGCGAUGAUGGCGAGGUCGCUGACCUUGUUGGCGGUUAUGGUAUUGAUGGAGUGGUGAAACCGCUGUUCAGGACCCGGUACAGCAGCAACGAGGUCAUUUUUGUGAUUGAGAUCAACGAGCAGUAUUAUAUCUACAACGGCGAGAGUGGAUGGGUGCAGCGAAUUGUUUCGCCGACGGAUUUGAAGGAGAUUGUGGAGUUUAUUAAUGAGCAGGGAUGGUUCAGACUCGACACCGAGAAUCUCGGCUGA